UGGUCUCAGUAGUCCCUUAAUAGACCACUUACAAAUAGAGGUCGCUGAAGGCGAGUUUUGGUAUUAAAACAUAACCUCACUUUAUUCUUAUGUAUUUCUCCAUAAGAAUACUAAAAAAUGCCUUACAAUUGUUCAGUGUACAACUGUAAUUCCACCACCAAGACGAUACAAUAUAAAUUUCAUUCGUUUCCGAGAGAGGCAAAAGAAAAACGAUCUUGGUUAAAUGCGAUCAAAUCAGGAAAACAGCCCUCAAAGCAUGCAAAGGUGUGUGAGAAACAUUUUCGAAAUGAUGACUACGUUGUGACUAGUUUAGGUCAAUGGAAAAUACUUAAGAAAAGUGCAAUUCCAUCACAAAAUUUGCCAAGGAGCUCUCAUCAUCUAGAGAAACGUGAUUCUACUGCAAGAAGUGAAAGAUAUUUGUCAAGGCAUACUCAAAAGAUUGUAACCGACAAUGACAAACAUAAUGUCAAUCGUGACAAUGAAAUAGUUGACAUUAUCGCAGAAGAUGUAGAAGAACAAGUUGAAGUGGAAAGAAGUGGCACACAUCAUGCGCAAAUUCAAACGAUCAUUAGUCUUAAGCGAUCCCAAUUAAUAUCCGCAAGUUUCAUAGAUGAGGCUCAAAUGAAACACAUGACGGGAUUUUCCAGAAAAUUGUUUAUUUUUUUUUGUCAAUAUUUUGGCAAUUCAUACACAAAAACACAUUCGCUAUUUACCAAUGAAGACGAGCUCUUAAUCACGCUAAUGAAAUACAGACUGAACUUACAUUAUACGACGUUAGCUGCCCUUUUUGACACAGAUAUUCGAAUAAUAAAAUCCAUAGUAGAAAAGUGGACAAAACACCUAUACACAAACUUUAGACAAAUCAACUUCUGGGAUUUAAAAACGUGUAAGCACGGCCAGUACACGAUAGUCUUGGAUUGUACGGAAUUUAGAAUCGAACGCAGUGGUGAUCCUCUAAUACAACAAGCUACAUACUCUAGUUACUAUGGAACAAAUACUUUCAAGGUACUGAUUGGUGGAACGGAAAAUGGAGAAAUUGCCUUUGUGUCAGAUGUGUAUGGGGGUUCUAUUACUGAUCGCAAAAUAUCACAUAUAUCGGGCAUACUUGAUCUUUUGAAGGAAGCAGAUUACGUUUUGGCUAACCGAGGAUUUGACAUAUCAGAUCUUUUGGAAGAAAAGCAUGUCCAUUUAAAUAUCCCCCCAUUCAAGAAAGGAGCGCAGUUAACGGAAGAAGAAAUCUUUAAAACCAGGGCCAUUGCUAAUCGUCGAAUAAUUAUUGAAAAUUUAAUAGGAGCGGGGAAAAAAAAUAAAAUCCUAAGUGAUCGUAUACCAAGACAUUUAUGGCAUAUAACAAAUGAAAUUGUAUAUAACUGCAUGAUGUUUAUUAACUUCAAACCAUCUAUCGUUCAUGAUACUUUAAUUACAGGAAGUAAGCAAUAGUUUGCAUCAUAAUGUAACUCAUUUCACAUCUUAAACUAUAUUGUAAUAUUCAAAGUAACACCACUAACAUUAAGUAAUAUAAAAUAUAUAAUGUACAUAUCUAAUCUUAAUUUACAAUACCAACGGUAAAAUCAUUAAUGGUAAAAUCUAUUAACUAGAUAACAUUUUUAAGUAAUACCUGAAAUAAACGUAAUGCAACUUUGUGAUUAGAGCUUGAAGGAAUACAUCAUCUCUUUCUACUUCAAUUACAAAUAUACUAUUAUCAAAAGAACUAAAGAUGACAAAGUCACACAAUUCAAUGUUUAACAAAAACAUUGCUAAUUGCACUUGACCAUACUUAUGAUUCGUAUUAAGGCAAUAUGGGAAAAGUUGUUGAUUGUCAUAUUUGAGAUAUGGUAACUCUCAUAUAAAACCUUCCACAGAACAGGGCAUUUUAUCUCAAUUAGUUUAUAAAUAACUCCGCUGUGCAUUUUUAGGCCAUCAGGACUAAAUCCAAGCCAAGGAAUGGAGGGAUUAAUUAGCAAUCCUGUGGAAUGCACUUGCCCAUAUUGGCAUUGAUACACUUGUCUAGCAAGGGAUUCACAACUGUUACCAUAAUCAGUAGCUGCAUUUCCUGUAAAUGUAGAAUUAAUCAAACUAUCUAUCUUCCUUGGCCAGUUAGGGUUUGCAUUGUUACAGUAAGUAAAUAAUUCGUAACAUCUACUUGCUGUUAUACGUCGCUUUCGAUGCAUUCUCCAUAAGGUAUUGUUUUGGUGGACAGUAGCCAUAGCUAUAUCUAACGCACCGUCUACAGACACAACAACAUUUUCUUUAUAAUAUAUUGCUUCAGACUGUGUCAAGUUUACUAGCGGCAGCGGUACUUGCAAUUGUAAAUUGGAAUACAGUCGUUGUUUUAAUGCAUUUAUAAAAGAAAAGUCGUAUGUGUCAGUAUUUGAUGCAGGCAAGGCUUUUACAGAUGCAGUAGGUGAAGUCUGUUGAUCAUCUUCGGUGGAUUUUGCACCUGCGUUACUUAACCAUAAAUUAGCAAAUGCAAAAGGCAAAACCAAAUAUUAUUCCGAGGGGCUAACCUCCAUUUGAAUCUGUAUACAUCAUUUUUUAGGGAGGAAAACCCCUCGAAUUAUUCUAUGAUGAGGGCAUCACAUAUUCCUUCAAAAAGUUUGCUUAUAUUUAAUAAAUUCUCCUGUAAACAUAUUUGAAAAUAUUAA